CUAUUAAACUACAGGCAUUAAUUGAGAAACAUGGACUCAGACACAACGACAGUAGCACAGUUGGAGUAUAAAAAGUUUAAAAGAGUUAUGAAAAGUUUGCUCGCAACUGUCGGUCUCUGGUCAUCCGAAAACUCAAACUUUUUAUUUCGGUCGUUACUAUGUUUGCACAUAUCCUUUUUCGUCAUCCCAACAAUUGGCGUCUUCAAUUUUUUCAUGACACACAUCGGAAACGUCAAACUAGUGACUAAAAGUAUGAGCACACUGUUUGGAUUUUCGACAGUGCUGAUGAAAGCAGUUUGCAUCCAAGUCUACCGCAAGGACGUAAAUGAUUUGCACGAAUCACUCGAUUCGUACUACGACGAGCUGAUAAAAAAGCCUAAAUUAUCGAACAUAGUUUCCAACGGAAUUACAACCUUCCGCCGUUUGCCGAUAUUGAUAACUACGUUCGUAACAUUGACGUGCAUUUCUUACGCAAUCGCUCCAAUUUCAUCGAUAAUCAGUCAAUGGAGACACGGGACUCAUCCAAUAAAAUACAAUCUCAUCUAUCCCACCGUUUAUCCUUGGCAUCCAAUUCCUAACACGUUUUUCUACCACCUUCAUUUUGUCAACGAAUUAUUGAUAACUUGCAGUAUUGUUUUCGUUACUGGAAGCUUUGAUUCCCUUUUUAUUUAUCACACUUUUCAAAUGAUAGGAAUUUUAAGAGAAAUUUCCCAUAAAAUUUCGUUUUUUGAAGAAGAUACCGAUCCUCAAGAAACUGUACAGGAGUGUGUUAAAAAGUACGAGUUGUUAUUAGAGUGUUGCAGCAAAUUACAAAGAGUAUAUCAAGCCAUUAUUUUGUGGUCAUUGAAGACAAACGCGGUCAUACUUUGCGCAGUUAUUUUUCAGCUUUCGCAUGCAACCACAAUACCUAUUACGGUAGCAAUACUAUCUGCAGGACACGCUGGGUUGAAAUUAAUCCAAGUUUUCCUCUACUCGUGGUCAGGAACACGAAUAACCAGUGAGAGUGAAAAAUUGCGGGUAGCAAUUUACGACGGAAAUUGGAUUGGAAACAACCGAUUAAUAAAGUCGUUAACUGUGAUGCUCACGCAAAAACCACUGACGAUAAGAGUAUACAACUUUGCAGUUGUGUCUAUUGAUAUGUUUCAAGCGGUGAUCAACACCACUAUUUCGUACUACUUGUUACUAAAAACUUUUGAGCCGGAAGUUUAAUCAAAUUAUCACACGGAAAAUAACUAAUAAAAAAUCUCUAAAAUAAUUUACGUUUGUUCAAAUAAAUAUAAA